UUGACCAAUGAGUGGCCAGGUGAUGAGAAGGCCGAUGCACAAGAAAUUUCUGUUAAAGUCCUAGAUCGAAACAAAGAGACGUGAUAAAGGACACGGGACAAGCUGAUUUCUUCAUACCUGUGCGGUCAUUUGUAAUCGGAAAAGCCAACCCUGGAUGGUGAGACAGUGACUUCAGAGAAAGCCCUUUUCUUUUCCUUUUGGAUCGCACCGUGUUCUCAAGGUGCUGUUUUGUUUGAGAUGGGCACCUGACUGGUCGGUUGUGUUCCUACGUUCUCAACUUCCGACAGUAUUUGACGUGACGAGGGAAAGAGAACCGGCUAGUGAACCACUUUACGGCAAUUUCUGGUGAGGAACGUUUGCGACAUUAUUCUGCUUGGCUUCGCGCUGUCAGGCGCAGGAGAACAAAAAUAUGAUCGAGCCCGAGUGGGAGUCGGGAACAUAACAAAAGUGCUCGUACUCUCAUAUGCAGAGAACAGGACAACGAAAAACCGGAGGCAGAAGAGCUGUGUGGUUUGUGAGAUCCUUAGAAUAGACACAGAUGGGCCUUAAGCUGUAGCUCACACUUGCAUUUUGCUGUGACCAAAAAAAAAAAUAAACAGGGGCACGUCGUCCACAUCCGUUUGAGAAGCUCACGUGAAAAGGAGAUUUUUUUUUCGUUUGUUUCUAUAUCGUUUUCGAAAGAAACGAUCACGGAUCACUCGUCUUUGAGUGUUUAUGAAAACAACAGUUAGAAGAUUGGUACAGUAUUGUAACUUCGAGCACGCGCUUCCGUUAUUAUUUUCUUUUCUUCUUCAAACGAAUGGAAACAUUGACACGAGAAAUCUGCGGAGGAAGAAACAGCGCCUAGACGUCUUUUCGGAGCAACUCGUGCCGAUAACGCGCUUGAGUGAUUGCGCAGGGCAAGUGUGCGCCCCGCACCUUGUCUACACGUGCUGAACUCGGCGGCGACUCGUUUCCUGCAAGCAGCUUCCCUGGCGGCGCGAGCUCCUGUUGUGCCUUGUUGUGCCUUUGAGGAACCAAGCACCGUACCUUAGAGCAAACGCAGGGAACUCAUAGGUGAACGUUCCACUGCCUGCUGUUCAAGGCAGUGGUGGAAAUGCAAGCGUCAGUUUGAUUAUAUACAGGGUCGAGAGGUCGGCGAGACGGCGGUGCUCCAAGAUGUCCGAGAUUGACGUCACGAAUGUCAUCGGAGACUACGGCAAGUUCCAGAGGAACGUCUACCUGUUCUGUCUUCUCAGAGGAAUUCCCAACGGCCUGCAUUUGGUCAUCUACAGCUUCUUCCUGCCAGCGGUCGAAUAUUGGUGCGCGAGGCCGGACAGCCUGGCCGCGAACGUGACGUCCGAGCAGUGGAAAUCGCUGGUGCUGUCGUCGAACUGGACCUUUGGCGCAUACUCGUCGUCGCUUCACAGUGGUCGUUGCCGGAUGUUUGACUUCGAGUUGUCCGGCGAAGGCAUUCCAGAGUUCGGUAACGUUACGGUGCGCUGCGACAGCUGGGAGUACGGUCGGAGCUACUACCGAAGUUCCCUGGUGCAAGAGUGGGACCUGGUGUGUGAUCGAGCAUGGACGAGAAGCCUGGUGCAGACGGCCACCAUGAGCGGAAUGCUCGUCGGCACGCUGGUGUCGUCACUGGGAGACAGGCUCGGACGACGACCCAUGGUGAUCGCUGGCUACGUGACCAGCCUCGUUGGCAGCGUCUGCGUCGCGGUGUCCCCGUGGUUCUCGCUUCUGCUGCUCUUCAGGGGCCUUCUGGGCCUCGGCUUGGGACUGGGACAGACCGCAUCUUUUUGCCUCCUGAUGGAGGUGAUCGGUCCUCAGAAGCGGACGACCACGGCCGUAGCUUUCAGCGUCGGCUUCGCCAUCGGCAUCAUCAUGCUCCCGGGCUUCGCGUGGCUACUGCAAGACUGGAGGUCCCUGCAGGGCGCCAUCAGCGUGCCCCUCCUGUUCUUCGUCGUUUGGUCUUGGUACUUGCCGGAGUCUCCGCGCUGGUUGAUUGCCACGGGAAAAAUGACUGCGGCCCGAAAGGUCAUACUGAAGGCCUGCGCUGACAACGGACAGCCAGUCGACGACAUUGACUCGGUGCUUGGGCAACUAAGGAAAAAAAUCUUGCAGCAAGAGCAAGCGGCGAAGAAGAAAGCCGGCUGCUUGGACCUUGUGAGGAGUCGGAGGGUCUUCCUCUACACCUGCAUUCUGGUCUACGCUUCUGCGGCGAGCGGCAUGAUCUUCUACGGCCUGCAGCUCUCGGUGACCAACCUAGGCGGUGACCCGUACCUGACGUUCGUCCUCGCCGCGGUCGCCGAGCUACCCGUUGUCGUCAUCUGCUACGCGGCCAUCCGGUGGUGCCGCAGGCGCUGGACCAUGCUCGCCGUGUACGGCAUCGCUGGAGCAUGCGCAAUCAGCGUCGCCGUACUGCCGCCAGAGUGGGUGGUGCCUCGCCAGAUGUGCGCCAUCGGUGGGAAGAUGCUGGCCUCUGCCUCGCUGACGCUGGUGUGGAUCUUCGCGGCCGAAGUGUUCCCGACGUUGUACCGGACGGUCGGAGUCAGCGCCUGCCUGGUGGGCACCCGGGUCGGCUCUUCUACGGCCCCGUUUCUGUUGGAACUGAGAACCUACCUGACUGACUCAAUCCCCAUGGCCACUCUGGCAGCCAUUUCUGUUCUCGCCUCAUCGCUGAUGCUCUUGCUGCCGGAGACGCUACGGGUUGCGCUGCCGGACACGAUACGCGAGUCCAAACAGCUGGGGAAUUCGAGGAAAGCGGAUAAGGACUUCUCCUCUAAGGACACUACGAUCGACUCGAAACUUCAACUUGCGGGGACUGAACCAACCGCACUCGACAACGACGUCAAGCGCUGAACUACCUCACACCAUGUGCAUCCAUCGCCAGGAAUUCGCUAUGAGAAUGCCUGCAAUGGCGAUAACCACGAUGGGCUGGUUCGACUGCCUUGUUGAGGCGCCCGCAUUCACCUGAAGGUUGAAUGCGAAAUGAUGAACGUUAAAGAAAACGUCAACUGCCCAAGGAUGCCACGAAGAACAAACCAUGACUCCCUGCUUCUUUUUCUUAAUCUAUUGUUUUACCGUUGCCAUGACAGCUCACCGAUGACGAUUUUCGGCGCUUCUUAGGGAGGUACAAAGUUGACAGUCACUUUAGCAUACGCUAAAGAGGAUGAAGGCGAAAGCCUGCCCGCUCACUUGACGUUCAUUACUUUACCUGACAUUUUCAUUCUAAUGCGUUGUUACUUCCUGUUGCUUUCUCCCACCGAAGGUAGGGGGUUCGAGUGCCUUAAUUAGCUCUGUCAUAAUUAAGUAUGUCUUAAUUACCCCACCCUAAUUAACACCAAAGGUCGUGGGUUCGAGUACCGUAUUCACUCUACCUUUAUUAACUGUACCUUAAUUAACCUUGCCUUAGUUAAUCCCACAGGUAAUGUUGAAGCUUGUUCUUCGUCUCGCCUUCACGCUUUAAUUCUUAUAAAGAAAUUGAUGGCCGCCUAAUUUGCCCUAAUUAACACCGAAGGUCGUGGGUUCAACUCCCAUCAAAGAUCCAGGGUUUUACUCGCUCCAAAUGUCGGGGGUUUCAAUUAAAUUCGGCUUAACACCACAGGUACUGGGUUCGACUUUCACGAAAGGGCGAGAGUUGGACUCCCUGUUAAUUUUGGUGCCACACCGCUAGACGGCGUAACGCCGGACAUCUAAUUUUUCGCCCCACGAAUCGUCCAAAGCUUUCGCCUUAAAAUAGAAAGUAAAUGGAAUUGAUGACAACUACCAGCAAAAAAAUUUCCAGUAUCAUUAUUGAGACACUAUUGUCAUCGUGUUUUCUGGGGCUGGUUUCCGUCGACUAUUGUCAUCGUGGUUUCUGUCAACUGGUUUCUGGGGCUACUGAUGGCGUUAACAUGUAUUCCUAAUGCACAAUAGCUCGGGAAGGGACAGGAAAGUCUGAUGGAGUGAUUACCCUAUACUCAAAACAGGAAGAACGAGGUGUUUGUACGAGCUCAACUUAUAGGGUAGGCAUGACAGCUUUUCGACAAUCAUCGUGAGAUGAAAAUUCAUUGCAGUAAUAGGUUCGAACGCUCACCUUUCUUACUACCUAUAAGGGAAUGUUCGUUUCUAAGAACUGCGUGUAGACGAGCGCGAGACCUACGCAGACCUUAAGGUCAAAACCAGAACCUGCACAGCGAACCUGCAUAGCUAAAGAUGAAAGCGAACGCGGAGCGCAGCGGUGGAUGAAAGACGCGAGGAGGAAAGCUGAGGAGGAGGAUGUGGCGAAAGGGUGAGAAAAAAAGCGUAGUGCGGCGGUGAUGGCUACGAGAUGGCGCUAGAGUAGCGCGCGUCGUCUGAGAGGUCUGUUGGCAACGGCUGCUGUGAUUCGCACCCACGCGUCAACCACGCGCUUCCUCUCGCGAUCUCCCGAUUAGCGAGGCUGUCGCGCCACACUUUCGCUCCAUCUGCAACGCGCCGCACGAGGCAGAUUGUCCGCGUCAGCUAAUAUAUCGCGACUUGAAAACACGUAUAAACCUGCGCUCAAAUUUCACACUAGAAUGGAUCGUAAUCUUCGGUGAAUUUUUGGGGGGCAGGCCUUCGUGCGUGGUUACAAUGGUCUGCCGGGCGUAAUAAAAAAAGAAAGAAGUCAUCACGAACGUCCACGCGACAGGAACUCGCGUACAGUUAACGACAACACUGAAGCCGUCAAAGGUGCGCUUGGGGCAUUCUUUCCAAAAGGUGCUAUUCCAGGAAUAUGUUCCGGUGAAGAAAAGCAAAACGCAACUGAGAAACAUAAUUUAGUGCUCAUAUCUAUCUAUCUAUCUAUCUAUCUAUCUAUCUAUCUAUCUAUCUAUCUAUCUAUCUAUCUAUCUAUCUAUCUAUCUAUCUAUCUAUCUAUCUAUCUAUCAUGUAAGUGCACCAAGUGUCAGUAUUUGCGUCGGUGCGAUCAAUUGCUUCUGCUGCUUGUCCCACCGCUCUUUGGUAUUUGCGGAUCUCUAGUGGCUGUAAUCGAAUCCUCCUGACCGUCUAAGGAACCCGCUUCUAGAAUGGUGUCGGUACUGUUUUUCCUUUAUAUAUUUUUUCGUUCGUUUAUGUUUUUAUUUUGUUUCAUCUCAUAUAGGCUAAGAAACGCUUGCGUAUCCAGAGGUAGAGAAAAAAAUUGAAGUCAUCGAGCUAUCAACGGGAAGCCCAUUCUAUCAUUGCGGAGCGAUCUCGCGGGUAUGCUGGUGCAGCAAAUCGAUUACCUCAUGCAGUUGACUCAUCGCUUCCUGAUGUCAUAGCAUCGGCAGUAGAGAGGUCAACGCAGAUUGGCAAUGGAAAAUCUAUUUGUGAGCCUAUCGGAGUCAUUAGCCCAAAUGGUUACCACCCAAAUUACUCAACUCCUUCGGGUGGUUGCCCGCCCAACCACGGCCUCUAAACUUCUAGCGCCUUCAAAUGCGAAUGAUGCAAAAACAUCCACCAACCCAGGCCGUUCAAAGCAUCGACCUAACGAGACCUCUCCUGUGUAUCAUGCGGCACAGGAAUCAGAUUGGAGCUCAGAUUGUGGCUCGCAGGAGACGCACAUGGAGAUUGACUCCCGUGCUCUUAAACGCCACUCAUCUCCUGUAGCUCAGGGAUCUACAAUGACACAUAACAUGAAGACUAAAAAGUACCAGAAGGCGAAUAGCUCUAAAAAAUAUUUUUUUAAACAUAGCAUCAUCGACAAGGCAGUUUCUGCUGCCGGUUUUAGCACAACAUAGGUACGCUGAAAGUAUUACAGUGGCAUUGCCGUUCCAUUCCUGCUGCUAUUGACUUAUGUAACCUCUGUAGCCAACACUCACCUUAUAUCAUUGCAUUGCAAGAAACCUGGUUAUCAGCAGAAAAGGCAUUUCAUCUAAAAAAUUACCGUACAUUACCAUUGUCUUAGCAAUUGGAGAGAAUAUAAGUUCGCGGCAGCAACAAAUAAAAGACAGUUGCAAAUUGGAAACACAAAUUGGAUUGUGAAUACUUCGAAUUUAUUUCAAAGGCCACCACAAAGAAAGCACUUUUUCAAUUUCUGAGAAAAAUAAACGUCAACUCUGUGGUUCCAACAUCCUGCGAAUUGGCAAAAUUACAGGAAGAUACUGCUUAAGGUCUAGAAUAUCGCUUUAAGUCGAUUUUGGCCAAUCACGCUUCGCCGCCUACCCAUGGUCGAAAACGUACCUUCGGAAAAGUUACGAUUUCGGAGCUAGAAAAUGUAUUAAGCCAGCUGCCUAAUUCAGCGCCAAGCACUAAUGACAUUACUACGGCAAUAAUAAAAACUUUAUUUAAGAUAUCA